AUGGAUAUUGGAGAAUUAUUAUCUUAUAAGCCUCCAAAUACCCCCAAGCGAUCAGCUCCAGGUGAAGAUGAUGAUGAAGAUGACUGGGAUUCUAAAAGAUCAAAAAAGCUUAUUAAAACACCAUAUCACGCUCGCCAAAGGCAUACAUUAUCAAAAGUAGUUGAUUCUACUCCAGUAAGAGUAAGUGAACCACCAACACCUAUUCGCGCAGCGCUUCCAGCCCCAGAGAAUGACGUUGUUGAACCUCAAUUAACUAAAGAGCAGAAAGAAGAUAUUUUAAAAUAUGUUGAAACUGAAGCUGCUGAAGUAGAGGCUUUAGAUGAAACUAAUUUGAAACGAAUGAUUCUAUUAUUUGAAAAAAGGGCACUGAGAAAUCAGGAAAUGAGAGUAAAAUUUCCUGAUCAACCAGAUAAAUUUAUGGAAUCAGAAGUGGAACUUCAUGACAUUUUACAAGAACUGCAUGCUAUUGCAACCAAUCCUGAUUUAUAUCCAUUAAUGGUUGAAUUAGGUGUAGUACCAUCUUUAUUAGAAUUGUUAGCUCAUGAAAAUACUGACAUAGCAGUAGGAAUAGUAGAUUUAUUACAAGAGCUUACUGAAUCAGAUGUAUAUAAUGAAGCACCUGAAGAAGCUGAUUCAUUGAUCGAUGCACUUUUAGGACAACAAGUAUUUGCUCUUCUUGUACAGAAUUUAGAAAGACUUGAUGAAUCUGUAAGUGAGGAAAGUGAUGGAGUUUUUAACACUUUAGCUAUUUUUGAAAAUUUACUUGAAACACGUUUAGAAUUAUGUAUGGACGCUGGUAAACAAGGUUUAAUUACAUGGCUCUUAAAAAGAAUCAAAGUAAAAACUCCCUUUGAUACAAAUAAAUUAUAUGCUAGUGAAAUUUUGUCUAUUCUUCUUCAAAACACUAAAAAAAAUAGACUUCUACUGGGAGAUUUUGAUGGAAUCGAUGUUCUUCUUCAACAAUUGGCCUAUUAUAAAAGACAUGAUCCUCAAACAGCUGAAGAGCAAGAGUUAAUGGAAAAUUUAUUUGAUAUUUUAUGCUCCAGUUUAAUGGAAACUGUCAAUCGAGAACGAUUCUUACGUGGUGAAGGACUUCAACUUAUGAAUCUUAUGUUGCGUGAAAAAAAAAUGUCUAGAAACGGUUCUCUUAAGGUUCUUGAUUAUGCAAUGAAUGGACCUGAUGGCAAAGAUAAUUGCAGUAAAUUUGUAGAUAUUCUUGGGCUUAGGACUAUAUUUCCACUUUUUAUGAAAACACCAAUUAAAAAUCGUAAGAAAAUAGUUACGGCAGAAGAACAUGAAGAACAUGUAGUAUCAAUUAUAGCUAGUAUGUUAAGAAAUUGUAAAGGUCAGCAACGGCAAAGAUUACUUAGUAAAUUUACAGAAAAUGAUUAUGAAAAAGUUGAUAGAUUAAUGGAACUUCACUUUAAAUAUCUUGAAAAAGUUGAAGAAGUUGAGAAAAAUGCAAAGGAAGAUGAUGAGGAAGAAGAGACAUUAAUGAAAAGACUGAAUGGAGGGCUAUUUACGUUGCAGUUAGUAGACUAUAUAUUACUUGAAGCAUGCAUUGGAUGUCCACCAGCAGUAAAACAACGAGUUACAAGAAUUCUAACUCAAAGAAGAGCCUCGCUUAAAACUAUUAGAAACAUAGUACGAGAAUAUGCAGGAAACUUAGGAGAUGAUGGAGAUGUUGAAUGGAAAGAAGCUCAACAGCAGCAUAUUCUUCAAUUAAUUGAUAAGUUUUGAUACAUACUUAGUACCCUUUACACCAAACUCUAUUUUAUAUUGUACUUUUAUUUAAAUGGAA